CUAAAUCAGCUGACUUGUGCGGGAUGCUCGGUUGAGUCGAAGGACCUUCUGGAUGCAAACACGCUAAGUUGCUGCUUGCCGUCUAUAUUCAACAUGCCUGAACAACUGCGAUCAUCCCACUGACUCACGCCGACAGACGCAAACGUCGAAGCCCGUGUCAACAUUUCGAGUGCUCGUCCUGCUUUACCAAGCCUCCUGCCAGCAGCAGCCAUGACGGAAUUCUGGUUGAUCUCCGCCCCGGGCGAGAAGACGUGUCAGCAGACGUGGGACAAGCUGAUGGUGGCCACCACGCGCACCAACAACCUUUCCUCCAACAACAAGUUUAACAUCCCUGACCUGAAGGUGGGCACGCUGGACGUCUUGGUGGGCUUGUCUGAUGAGCUGGCCAAGUUGGACACCUUUGUGGAGAGCGUGGUGAAGAAGGUGGCUCAGUACAUGGCUGAUGUUCUGGAGGACAGCCGAGACAAAGUCCAGGAGAACCUGCUGGCUAACGGACUGGACCUGGUCACUUACAUCACCAGGUUCCAGUGGGACAUGGCCAAGUAUCCCAUCAAGCAAUCUCUGAAGAACAUCUCCGAGAUCAUCUCCAAGCAAGCCACCCAGAUAGACAACGACCUGAAAGCCAGAGCUUCAGCCUACAACAACUUGAAGGGAAACCUGCAGAACCUGGAACGCAAGAACGCGGGCAGCUUGUUAACCAGGAGUCUGGCUGACAUUGUAAAGAAAGACGACUUCGUUUUGGACUCGGAGUACUUGGUGACCAUGCUGGUGGUUGUCCCCAAGACCAGCUUUGCUGACUGGCAGAAGACGUACGAAACUCUGGCAGAGAUGGUGGUUCCUCGCUCCACCAAGAUGUUGUUUGAAGACAACGACAGCGGCCUGUUCAGUGUGACAUUGUUCCGUAAGGCACUGGAUGACUUCAAGCACAAGGCCAGAGAAAACAAGUUCACGGUGCGUGACUUCCAUUACAACGAGGAGGAGAUGAAGGCAGACAAAGAGGAGAUGACUCGCUUGUCCACCGACAAGAAGAAGCAGUUUGUAUGGCAGCACCUUGUCUCACCUUGUCUCACCUGUGCAGGUGUGCUGCUCACCUUCUGCUGCCUCCUGCAGGGUCCUCUGGUGCGAUGGCUGAAAGUCAACUUCAGUGAGGCCUUCAUCGCCUGGAUACACAUCAAAGCUCUCAGGGUCUUUGUGGAGUCUGUCCUCAGGUAUGGUCUGCCGGUCAACUUCCAGGCCAUGUUGCUGCAACCCAACAAGAAGAACAUGAAGAAGCUGAGGGAAGUUCUCUAUGAACUCUACAAACACCUGGACAGCAGCGCCGCCAUCAUUGAUGCGUCCAUGGACAUUCCAGGUCUGAACCUGAGCCAGCAGGAGUACUACCCCUAUGUGUACUACAAGGUGGACUGCAACCUGCUGGACUUCAAAGUCUAAGAAGACAGGAGGUCUCACUCUGUCCACAACUUCUUCUUCUUCUUCUUGUCCUCCCAAACAAGAACAUGUCAACUUGAACUCUGACCUCCCCUCUCCUUGAACUCUGACCUCCCCUCUCCUUGAACUCUGACCUCCCCUCUCCUUGAACUCUGACCUCCCCUCUCCUUGAACUCUGACCUCCCCUCUCCUUGAACUCUGACCUCCCCUCUCCUUGAACUCUGACCUCCCCUCUCCUUGAACUCUGACCUCCCCUCUCCUUGCGUGACAAAUGCAGAGAGUUGACUUAUUGCAGGAGUCUCUCAAUGUUUGUGUGACGUGUUUGUGUUUGUGUUUGUGUUUGUAGCAAGUAGAAGGUCAAUGCUACCUGCUGACUGAUCGUGGUAUCGUUAUGUGUGUGCAUACUGUAAAGUAUUUCAAAAUGAUAAUAAAUGUUCAUAUCGUUCAA